AUGCCAACGAUUAAGCCACUAAAACCGGAAUUGCAAAAAAUUGCCAGAGAACAACUGCAUGAAGUGCCCGGCAGAAUCGAUGAAGAUUUACAAACAUUUAAAUCAUGGAUUGAACAACAGCCACAUCUGAAAGCUCGUACAGAUGAUCAAUUUUUAAUACAAUUUCUGCGUGGCUGUAAAUAUAGUCUGGAAAGGGCUAAGGAGAAAAUUGAACGUUACUAUACGAUACGAACGAAAUUUCCCGAUAAACUGGGUAUCUAUGAUGUGGAUAAUGAGAGAUUCCGGGAAACCGCUCGAUUGGGCUGCUUUACUACCCUACCGGUACCCUUGAAUGAAACGGGUUGCCGCAUAUUAAUGUAUCACUUUAGCUACAAUCCUCUGGAAUUUACUCCCGUUGAAUUAUUCCAUCCCGGUGUUGCCAUAUAUGAUUAUCUAAUGAUUGAUGAUCCUUAUGCUUGUAUUUGUGGCACAGCCUUCAUUUUGGACAUGGCUAAAGCAACAAUGACCCAUUUUCUUCAUGUCAAUUUUCCAUUAUUGAAAAUUAUGGUCACCUAUUUGGAAAAAUCCCUGCCAAUGCGUAUCAAGGCUUUGUAUUUAGUCAAUAUACCAUCGACAGCAAAUAAUUUUUUGAAAAUGUUUUUACCACUAUUUUCGGAGAAACUUCGUAAGAGGAUUUUUCUCUGUGGUUCAUUGGAUGAAUUGAAGCAGCACAUACCCUUGAAAUAUUUACCCAAAUAUUAUGGCGGAGAAAAUGGCACAAUGGAGGAACAUAUUCAAUCUCUGGACGCCAAAUUUGAUGAGUACAGAGAAUAUUUUAAAGAGAAUGCCAAAUAUGGUACGGAUGAAACAUUGCGUCAGGGCAAUGCUUUCGAUGCUGACGAGGAUAAUCUGUUUGGAAUGGGUGGUUCAUUUAGGAAAAUUGAAGUGGAUUAA